CCAGCAGCUCCACUUCCAGUCCUGUCCACAAGCCCAUGUAUGAUCUCCCCCAUCUGCCCUCCUUUUUGUAGCUCUGCCUUUCAAGUGAAACCAUUAAAUGGGGGGGGGAAACCCAAACAUGCUUCCGGCAGAAGGCUUUGGGGUUCUUCGAGGCGAGCAAGGUCGCAGGUGGAGCUCCAGUUCCAGACCAAGGGGCGGUGCGAGUGUGGCGUCCCGCCCCCUGAGCACUGGCGCGGCCAUUUCGCCGGGAUGGAGCUGUCGGCGGAGGAGCGGGACCUGCUGCGGGCUCUCUGGAAGAAGCUGGGAAGCAACGUGGGCAUCUAUGUCACCGAGGCCCUGGAGAGAACCUUCCUGGCCUUCCCCGGCACCAGGGUCUACUUCUCCCACAUGGACCUGCGCCCGGGCUCGGCUCAGAUCAGAACGCACGGCCAGAAGGUGGCCGCCGCGUUGACCCUCGCUGCUGAUCACCUGGACGACCUGCCCCGCACGUUGUCGGCUCUGGGCGACCUGCACACGACCAGGCUGCGCGUGGACCCAGUCCACUUCAGGCUCUUGGGCCACUGCCUGCUGGUGACCCUCGUGAGACACUUCCCUGGAGACUUCAGUCCUGCCCUGCAGCUCGCAGUGGACAAAUUCCUGGACCAUGUGAUCUUGGCGCUGACCUCUGGGCAGGAGGUCCCAGUGGUGGAGUAAAGGAUCCUGCAGCCUA